AUGAAACACAUAGUGGGCGGGGUAUUGCGAAUGCAGCGCUGCGUCGCGUCACUCGCAGGAACGACAUUUUUUGGCCAAUUACGGGGCCCAUCACAAACCCUCGCGCUCGGUUGCAGCUCCCGUGCGUACAUGAUGUCGGCCACCCCGUGCUGCCUCGGGAGACGAAUCAAAGGCAAACGCUCACGGCACCGCGAGCCCGCCGAAGGCGACUGGUUGUGUCAGUGCGGCGAACUGAAUUACAAGUCAAAGCGAGAGUGCUUCAAAUGUGGCGCUCCCGCACCGCCCCUUCCGCCCGGUGUUCGGCGGCCAUCGCUGCCCGGAGAAGACCCCCACGACUGGGCGUGUCCCUGCGGCCAGAUGAACUUUAGGGGAAGUGUUGUGUGUCAUAAGUGCCUGCAACCCAAACCGGCGCCCCCGCCACUCCCCGGAAAGGAGGUGACGCUGUGGACGUGCCCCAAGUGCAAGGGGGUCAACAGAAGCAUUAGGAAUUACUGCUUCAAAUGCUCCGCACCGUCCCCAUUACUCACAUUUAAACCCGUUGUGUAG